AAUAAAUCCUUUCGCUGUUGUUUAGAUAUUUUUUUUGCAAUGUUGAAGGACUGGCUUCCACGAAUAUCAGAGGCAGCAUUUAGAUGUGGAGAAGCUGUUUCUUUCUGGGUUUUUGCUGAAAUGAGAGAUCUUGGGAUCGGCUUCUUGUUUAAGCUGUUGAACAGAUCAAUCUUUGCUGCUCUCCUCUGCGUUUUUGCUUUAGGAGGGGCGAUAGUGGGAACUGUAGUAGGAGCAAUGAAAGGGCAAACAACAGAAACUGGGUUCUUCAGGGGAGCUGGAAUUGGAGUUGUCACUGGUGCAAUCACAGCAGUUCAGUUGCUGGAAUCAUUGGCUGAUGGGGAGUCAUUGUCUAAGGUGGCCUUAUUGGUUAGCUUAGUAGAUGGGAAGGUUUUCAUUGAAUGGGUAAGCCCAGCAGUGCUAAAAGCUUAUCAAUGGCAGAUGAAUUCACUUGACUCAACGUACAGAGAGAUCUCGGACAUAUAUGAUGUAAAUGGAGGAAAGGGUUUAUCUAGAAGUUGCAUUCAAAAGCUUCCUAUUGAGGUGAUGAUCAAAUCAAGGGACGGAUCUUCUUGUUCAAUUUGUAUACAGGGACUAAAGGAUGGAGAAAUGGCAAGAAAUCUACCGAGAUGUGGGCACAUAUUUCACUUGAAGUGCAUAGAUGAAUGGUUAAGCAGGCAAGGAACUUGUCCCAUGUGUAGAGAGCAUGUUCUUAGUUAUGGUGAUGAAUUGUAAAUAAUCAAAUUUUGAUUCACCAAAAGUUGAGGGUUUUCUUUUUAGUUGUAUUGCCGAUCUACUGUUUGAAUGGGGAAUUAAUGAUCCCAAAAAAAAUACUAUAAAAUGAUGUCGCGUGUGUGUUUAGGAUAA